AUGGGUCGUCGCCGCCACGGGGGGCGUGCGAUCGGCCCGAGGUUAUCUAGAGUCACCAAAGCCGCCGGCGCCCGCCCCCCGGCCGGAGCCGGGAGGGAGCUCACCGGGAUCAACCAGGUAGGGAAGCGCGAGCGGGAAAGCCCCGGGAGACGGAGGACACGGAGAAGAGCGAGAGCGAGAGCGAGAGCGAGAAGGCCGGCCGGGCCGGGGAGGAGGAGGGGUGGGAAGCGAGCACAGGGGGCGGAACCACGGGCGCUCGACAACGGGACAGCGGCAGCCGACACGAACGAGCGGCGGGCGGGAACGGGAACUCAAGCGGCCGGACACACCCCCCCACGCGGGGGGGGGUCCGGCACCCGUCCGCACGCACGUCGGCGACAAACCGCGCGCCGGCGAGCGACCGAGCCACAGCGGGAGCGCACACGCACGCGCUUUUUCCGCACGCCCUCGGAACGCAACACCCCCCCACAACUCCGACAACCACGACAACGGACAACUUUUUUCCUCUUUCCGUGCCUCCCCCACGCCGUGGCAUCGGGAGAGCCGGGAAGGUCGGCCGCACCGGGCGCAGAGCCGGGCGGGGCAAAUCGGGCACGGUGGUGGUGGCGGCGGGAGAGAAGCGACCGGCGAACGCUCGCCCGCGGGAAACGACGAUUCCCCGAACCAUCACCACCGGAGGGGACGAACCGCGGGGACGGGCGGGGCGGGGGACGGCGGGGGCCGGACCGGGAAAGGCCACCCGUCAAGAACCCGACAACACCCGCGUCGACCCGCCGCGAGACGGACACCCUCCCGACAAACGCGGCACGCCAGGGCCUUACUCGUCGCGGCACGGAGACGCACCGGCGGGGUGCGGCGGGCGCUCACGGACGGGAGCGGGGACCGCAGCGGGCCCCCCCAGCACACGGCAGCGAGGCGCAACGCCGGGGGACGCGGGAGACUCCCCGACCCUCCGGGCGGGGUCGGGAGACCACGAGCAAGCGGGAGAGACCACACCGAAAGGGGGACGGCGGGGUGACCGGAUGGUGGCCGGCAGCCCGGCGAGAAGCGGAGGAGGAGGGACCCGCCGUGAAACCGGGCGGCGUCGUUGCGCGAGGGAUGGAGGAGGGAGGGAGGGAGGGCAGGGUCGACGAGCGAGCCCCGGCCCCCGACACACACAGCCUCCAAGACCACAACACAAGAACGCCGCCGCAGCCGCGGGACCGGGACGCCCUCCAAACCGCAUCUCCUCCCACCCGCCGGGCGGUUCUUCCCCCCCCACCCAACACCUUGACCCCGGGUGACCGCCCAGACCCUACGUGCCCGGCCGCCCCCCAUUCGGGGGGUCCGACAGCACGGCCGCGGGUCGGCCAGACGAGGAAAGGAGGAGGGAGAGAGAAAAAACCGGCGACGGGCGGGGAGGGGGGAACGACACGGACGAACGAGGGCCGGCGACGACGACAGGAGCGCCCGCGACCCAGCCUCCCCCCGGAAAGCGCCUCACAAGGUGACCCAGAGACCGCCAGCCCGGGCGGCGACGGGGCACGCGGGGUUGAACCGGCGGGAAUCACACUGCACACUCCCCGAGCAGUCCCGCCACCACGCCCACGGCACCGAGCCGACCCAAGACCGACGGGCCCCCGGGAGCCCCGGGAGACACCAACACGAGAGAGACCGAGACGGACACACCGACGCCGACCGCCAGAGACCCUCGAGCGGCAGCGGAUCCCGACGUCCGACGACGCGCCGGACGCGGCCAACCACCGUUCCCCCAAAAACGUCCGCCCCCGAGGGUGCGAUCAAGUCCCGCAAGACACGGGCCCUCCCGGACACCGAGGAGGGGGAGGAGAUCCCGCGAUUUCCCCCGGUCGUGGGAACACUGCCGCGGAAGGGGGAGCGAGGCGACCACCGCACGGCCCGAGAGCACACACGACACGCACCACACGCGCGGUGUACGCCCGGUCGCGGGAGGGGCACAAGACAGCCGACCGAGGCGGGAAGACAACUCGCAGCGAAACGGAGCACGGGAGGCAACGCCGGGGAACGGGAAGCGCCACCACCAGCUCAGAAGCGGGCACCUUGGCAAUCAAAGCCGGGAACGCUCCAGGAGCACCAGAGGCUCGCGAAAAGCCGGGCGCACACAUACCCGACGGGAAAGGGCAUGCGGCGCAAACGGACCAGCCACCCUCCCCGGUUCGGGGAAAGGGAGAGGGCCAAGAUGGAACACAACACCGCGUGAACCGCAGGGACAGCAGAGCCCCUGACGCGCCCACGAAGACCCCGCGAACCACGACGAGAAGUGCGCGCGGGUCGGCGUUCGGGCCGGACAGCCGCACCCCUGCCUACCACACACCACCGGCACAGAUGGGGAGGAGAGACGAGGGGCCCGCUGGCAGAACGAGAAGCGCGGUCGCCAUUCGCAUGGAAUGA